GUCGGUCGCGUAUCAUUUCCUUCUCCACGCUUCAUAACAGAGCACGCCGAAUAAGCUCCUUGUGACUUCACGCACUUAUAACGGUGUACAGCAGUCGCUAAAAAAACGCAAAGAGAAUGUUCAGAAAGCUUAUCACGUCCUUCGUUGCGGUUCUUGUUUUCACCAUCGCCUCGGUACUGUACAGUGGAACCUUUGACGUCCGCUCAUUGAACAUAGACAUCACAAAUCAGGCGGAGGAAACACCUGCAUUUUUAUCGAAUGAUUUCGUCACUGAAUUUCGUCGAGACUUCGCUGAAUUCCCGUCUACCUCUUCGCCCAAGACGGAGCUCCUUUUGCGCUUGACGGAGUUAGAGGACUCUGCCUUCGCCUCCAGUUCCUGCCCAUGCUCACUCUCCUCCAUGAGGUAUGCGGAUGUAUAUGAGAAACAGCUGAGCUCUACCAUCCCGUGGAUCAACCUCACCACCAGGCAGGCGCUGGAGAAGCAGCAUCCCAACUUCCCUGUCAAUUUGCUCAAAAACUUAGAUGAGAAGUGGUGCAGCCUGUUGCCUCUGCCCCAUCUAAUUAAGUGGCAUAACAUCUACUUCCAGUCUAUGAAGGUCUCAGACACCACUUACCUGCUCUACUCUGCUUUCUUUGAUAACCGAGAACUCACAGAUCUGCGGCCCUGUAUCCGGAUUCUGUCGUACACGAGAACAAAAUUCCCUGACGUUCCCUGGUGUUACAUCUGGUUUAACUCUACGGGGCCGCCCAUCGUCUCUCGCGUCGCUAGGACAGAAUACUUGGACUGGCAGGCAAGGUCAGAGACGCGGCAGAUGACCUUCAUGCUCACGUGCCCGAUACCCAAGGCCGAGGGUCACACGGUUCCCCUGGCUGUGUCUGUCAUCGCCCGGCCUUGCAUAACAGCAGGCACCUUACUGCAGGUAACGGGAGCGAUGGAGCGAAACGCAACGACGGCUUUCGAGGGAGGCGAGCCGGCGAGGGGAAGAGCGAGGAAGCCGGGAAAAGAGGGGGGCGCGCGGUGGAGCGUGGCGGUGUGCGGGCCGGCGCUGUACUACUUCCACGAGGACUUCUCCGUGCGGAUGGUGGAGUGGCUGGAGAUCCUACGGGCGCAGGGCUUCGCCAGGGUGUUCCUCUCGGUGACCGACGUCCACCCGAACCUCGAGAGAGUCCUGCGCUACUACGAGGCCCGAGGCUUCGUCGGGCUGGUGCGCUUCGCCUACCCCGAGCCCUACGUCAACGAGCCCAGCAUCCGCAGGCUUUGGUUCCUACUGGAGAAGCCGAAGAGGUACGCCAUGCAGAAAGUGUACUACACCGACUGCGCCCUCCGCCACAUGCACGAAUACCGCUUCAUCGCGCACUUCGAUCCCGAUGAAAUCCCGAUGCUACGGCGCCAUGAGACCUUCCCGCAGUGGCUCUCCGAUCAGCUGAACAGCCACCCCGUUCUGCCCGGCGACGAGAGAAAACAGCCUCCUGCCCACAAGUUGAUCUGGUACUACCACCAGAAAAACCUUGAACCUGCACCCUCUGCGGCGUCUCUCCCCGAGUACCUGUGGGCGAUGAGACACACCAAGAGGUCGCUGGAGGACAUGGCCGUGUCGACUGGGAAGACCAAGCCCGUUUACGACAUGGACUUGGCUACGGGUCUUUUCUCUCACGAUGUUCUCACUUGCGCUUAUGGAAAGUGCGAGGCAAAAUCCCGUACACGCAAAAGAGAUGAAGCUUAUCUCGCACACUUCAGGUACGACUGUGACGAUUUCUGCAAGCAACCCAACUCCACCGUGGAAGAAACGAUUCUCCUGAAAUACAAGGAUCAAGUUCUCCCUGCCGUUACGAAAGUUCUCAAGGAGCUUCAGCUGAUUUAGUACCUGUUUCUUCAAGAAGUUCUCUUAGUUUUGCCUUGAAAGUAAUUAGGUUCGCAACGCUUGUUGCAGCGAGGCAGUUGGAUUCAAAUCAGGGUCCGCAUAUGUGUAUUUAUAUUAUCCUUAUUUCAGUACAUAUCUAAUGUAUUUUCACACGUGUCGCAAAAUUGUAAAGUUUUCACAAGGGAAACAAGUUGUCAAGUUGUUAUUACGAACAGUAUCGCAGACUUAUUCAUGGCCACUCACAUACUGUGUUAGCAUAUAUCAGCGUCGACAAGUAUGAUCGUCAUACUCGUUCUUUUCCUCUAUAUUUAACCCACAUAAGUAUUACUCUUUCUGGAAGUACACCAAGAAUCUUUUCCUGUGAGUAAUACUUCACUGACGUUGUAAUUUAACCUUAGCAUCUAGGGGAAGAUCCUAAACUCUUUGGGCAAAGAAAAUGAUUAUUCGACCAAAAGUAAUAUAGAUUGAAUAAAUUUUAUUCAAUAGAGAAAUGCCCAGAUUCCCCGAACGUAGUGACUUUAAUUUAUAUAUAAAAAAAAUCUGGAAAAAAAUGUUAAGUCAACAUCCACUCCUUAAAAUCAUAAAAUCACUUCAGAGAAACAUCUCUCAAGAGGCUAAUUCCACAGUGCAAUCCCUGAUUAACAGUUCUAAAUAUGCAUAAAAAAGUUAUUACAAAAGCAUAAAAUUCCACUAAUCUAGGCUACAUCUUGUAACAAAUAUAUGAGGGUAUCAUACUUUGUCAAUUUUUUGUUCAUUAAGUCAAAUAUUUAGCUAUAAUUGAUCACGGACACACCCUAGUCCGGGAUCUUAACUAAAAGAAGUAAUUUCGUUGGCAAUGUGUUUACAAAUAGUAUUGAUGUGUACACUGUGGCAGACAUGUUUGGCCAAGGAUAAAAAAUACUUCAAUCGAUACCCGUUGUCUUAACUAUGAGCCCAUAACCAACAAGGACAGUAUAAAUCUAUGGAUGAGUAUCACGUCUGUUAUAACUACCAUUUUAUUUUGUUUAAAGUUUUAAGAUUUUUUAACACAGACUUAUACAGCCCAUGCAGCUAUUGUAUUCUUUGUAUUCGAGUUCUGUUAGUUCUGACCAGUAGUGUAUUCUACCGAAACGUAAAUUGACUGUACAGAGUUUCCGGUGUGACGUGAAUGUGUUUGCUUGCUACGAAAGUGACUAUCUUGGUUCCCGUCACCAAACCAGAGUUAAUGAUCUACUUAGCAAGGAGCCACCUAGCUCCCUAGCCUGUUUAUUACACAUAUAAGUUCAUUCUUAAUUCAGCCAUCCGUGUAUGGUACUGAGCAGCCGAUUCGUUACCCAAAUACCAGUUCAACUUUUUAACCCUCACCACCUAGCCGUGUACAUACUCGUUAUGGAACGGCGAUACUGUCAAACAAGCAUUCCCUUUGUGCUAUGAUAUAAAAUCUUGUUUUGUCUGUAAAUACGUAUAAACAGAUAUAUGACUGGUUAUACCCGUUUUUUUGUUUUUUUUGUUUCUUGUUUUUAUAAGGCAUCCAGUGGCUUAAAUUUCGGCUUUGCUCUCCUACCGUAGCCAUUGCUAGUAUAAAUAUGGUGCAUGCAAACGUGUUUUUUUAUUAUUGUUGUUACUGUUAUUAUUAUUAUUGUUGUUGCUGUUGUUUAUAUUAUUGUUAUUAUUAUUGUUUUUAUUAUUGUUAUUAUUUUAGAUCAAUCUAUUUUAUAGAUCUUCUUUCUAUGUUUUAUUAUUAUUAUUGUUGUUGUUUAUAGUAUUGUUAUUAUUAUUAUUGUUUUUAUUAUUUAUGUUGCUAUUAUUUUAGAUCAAGCUAUUUAUACAAUAUCUUCUGUCUACAUUUUUUUUCUGUUUAAUAAAGACGAAACAAAUAAAUAAUUUUCGUUCCUUUUAUAAGCAUUUAAUGAAUAUUUUAUUUGCUCAUAUUUUAUUGUCACACUUCACUGUGCCAUUUAUUUAUUCAUGAUUCAUUCUUGUCUAUUCAUUGUAAUUUAUCUAUCUAUUCUACACUAUUGUUUCUUAUUUUCCCUCUCAUACUUACCAGCUUUUUUAUCCUUUUUGUUCAUUUGAGAACAAUUGCAAAAGAUUAAUGAGUAAUAAAAGUAGUUGAAUGUAAUCAAUACAUGAAAUACAUUCCCGUGAUUAAUAAGAUAGCAUCGGCCUACCCCCCCCCCCCUAAUUUAACUCAGAAGGGGGAGAAAACACAGACAAACACAGGGUCUCAAAAUAAUAAUAAUAAUAAUAAUAAUA